AAUCCAUACCCUUCUCUCACGAGGAGGAGAGGGAAAGCGUGGGGGUUCGUGAUAGCUAUGGAGCAUGAGAGAUGGCAUGGCUACUAUCCCGCUACUAUCCCGGGAUCACGGUAGGAUAGGGGGGGAUUUCUCGAGACUUUGGCCAAUACAUGCCGAGGAUCGAGAAGGAAAGACAAAAGACGAAAAGCCAAAUUUGUGUUUUCAGCUACAUGAUUGCGUCUAUCUACUGCAAUUCAACCUCCGUGGUCAAAGGAUCACGCAGCCCCAUCAUCCAUCAUCCACCAGCAGACUCUGACAAAUCGCGCUGCUUGGACUGCUCGGACUGCUCGGACUGUUCGGCCUACUCAGGUCCUUUCACGUUCUAUUUUCAUCGCAUUAUGGGGCGGCACGGCACGGCACGGCACGGCACGGCGGCGCGGAAUGUAAGCAGAAUCAGAUCCGACGCUCCCCAUCACGCAAUCCAAGAAAUGCCUCGUUUCGCUCACAUGACACGUAAGAGAUCUCCAAGGUGGGCAGGGCUCUCGGAGCUCGCUUCGUGCUUUUACGGACUUUUUUUUUCUUCUUUUCUUUUUUGGUGUGGACCUUGUCCUGGGGUGGGGGUCCCAACACUUUUCCUCCCAAGAGAGCACAGUAGGAGAACUUCAAGUGUGUGUGUGUGUGUGUGUGUGUGUGAGCGGCAAACCAACCUCCGCUCCCCUUUAGUCCAUUAUCGCCAUCUAUGCACUAACUCUAGCAGUAAGGGGGACAGACCAGACUCCUCCAAGCCAACCCCCUCUCGAUGUUCUCUAGCUCAAAUGCACUGAAUGGACAGAGACAGUCUUGUCCAACGCGUCGAGAUGCAAUGAUAAUGAUGGCCGAACGAAAUGUUGAAAGAACAAUGCGAAAAAAAAAAAGAAAAAAGGAAAGAAAAAAGGAAACAAAAUCGGAAUGUAAAGUCAGGGCUGUUGCAAGUUGUAGACCCAACACCCCGACCACUCCGAGUGCCGUCAAAAAAUAUGUGCAAUAUGCGAACCGGUCCUGUUGCUCGUGGGUCAAGAGAGUUGCGUAUAUC